UUGAAUCCAAAGGGAGUACCACAUUUGUGUCUUACUAUAUAUAUUGUAGAUGUCAUAUCUCAAUACAAAUGGUUGCAUUUUUUGUUGGAUCAAAUAAUUAAGCUUCCAUUUCAAUUAUCCUAAGAAAGAAUGAGACAAAGAUUGGAAAGGCUUGUCAUUCUUCCUUUCUCCAUUGGUUGUAUCUCUGAGGCCAGUGUUGAUGUUGGUGUUCCACAUCCAAGAAGAUCAAAAUCAGACACUAACUCACCACAUGAUGCAAUAAAAGGACCUAAAGAUGAGGAGGAGGAUUCAGAGAUUUUGUCUGGUGAAAGUAUGAAGAAUUCUUUGAGAGUACUCCUUGAUGUUGUUCCAAAGCCUAACCUUUCCUUCAACAAGUUGUUCAAAGGUUUCAAGAAUUUUUCUCAAUUGUUUGUGGAGAAAGAGGAAUUAGAAGAAGAAAUGGAAAUGGAGAUGGAAAUAGGGUGCCCAACAGACGUUCAACAUGUGACACACAUUGGAUGGGAUGGUGUCACAACCUCAUUUGCUGACCUUCUAUCUCAAUCAUGAAUAAUCAUCUCCCUUCAUGCCUUUUUCUAUUACUUAAUUAAUUCAAAAUUGUAUCAUAUACAUGCUAUAUGAAAAACUAGAAACAUGAAAGUGUGAUUUCAUUGUUGUGGAUAUAUAUAUACAAAUACUAUUUUAUAAGUA